GCUUCCGGUGGGGGUGUGUGGCGAGGGCUGCACGGCUUCCGUGGUGCUACGUCACUUCCAUCCUCCUCUAGAAGGAUUCGGCUGCGUCCUUGGCUACAGCCGCGGACCGAGCCCUCGUGUCUAGGCCUGGGGUGAAUGAGGACCAGAGCCGGAAGCCGGGCAAACUGAAGAGAGGGUGGAGCCAAGGCGCGAGGCACGUGCUUCUGGAGCGGGGGAGGGGGAGGGGCGCCGGCUCCGAGGGAGCCACACGUGCGCAGUCUUCAAGGUGCGUCUACAGCCACGCUCUCCUGCCAGUGGGCGCGCUCAUUGGCCAGGCCGAAGGGGGUGGGGCAGCCUGGGCGCCAAUCAGGAGCCACCGCGAGGACCUGCCCUGGGGUUCUGCUCCUCCGGGGGCGUGGCAGUCCCCUCUCCCUCCUUUACCUUCAGUACGGGGCAGACAUGGCCCCCGGAUCCGCACCGGCCCAUGCCCUCCAGGAAUCGGUGACCUUCAAUGACGUGGCCGUGGACUUCACCGCAGAGGAGUGGGGGCACCUGCGCCCUCUUCAGAAGGAGCUGUACCGGGAUGUGAUGCUGGAGAACUACCAGAACCUGGUGUGCCUGGGCCUUGCUAUUUCCAAGCCAGAUGUGAUCUGCCAGUUGGAGAGAGGGGAAACCCCUAGGUUGCCAGAGGGAGACAUCCCCCAGAGUGGCUAUGCAGUCAGAUCUCAUACGACGCGCUCCCAAGGCCCUUUGCCCUCCUGGUGACUCUCCUCUGGGCACUCCACUUCGUCAGUUUCCUUCCUGAACUGGGAUGCCCGAGGGAAGGCGAGGCCUGAUCAGGACAUAUCACCUUUGUCGUUCUGCUCCCCUACGUCUCUUGGUGCAGGGUACCCUGGCAUCAGCUCCCCUGUCACACUGUUGACCCCAGUGUCCUUUUCAGAGUGAAGGCAUUUCAGCCUCAUCUCCCUCGUCUUUUUACCUUGACAUUCUUCCCAGCUUAGUUUAAAGUCAGCGGAAGUGCUCCCUGUGGUGCCUACCCAGGGGGUGUUAGCUGAAACCAUGCAGGAGGGCCCUGAGCUGCAGGGCUCAGAGCCCUGUGACAGAGGGACAAGAGUGGUGUGCUCCUGGCGAAUCCACACUGGCUUCCUUCUCAAGGCAGUCCUCAGCCACUUCUUUGAGGACCCGGGGAGAAAUGCUGCAGGCACUAAAGUCCCUUACAGGCCCGUAGCUUCUCUUCUGCCUCCCUUCCCUUCGGGGGAAAUCAGUGCUGCUUCUGCCCUUGUCCGGUCGUGGGGCUCCACCAGUCGGCCCUCCAGCCAUUGGAGUCCUGGCAUGUCUGCCAGGAGAACUCGGACUUUGGCCUUUAGGGCCAGCUGGCACCUCCCCGGGCUGGGAGCCCUCAGGUGGGCAGAUUGAGAAGAGGGGUGGGUUAGGAUGCUGCUGGCAGGCCUGCUGCCCAUUCCUGGUGGUUGUGCACUCUUCCCCAAGGCUCCUCCUUCUUCCCUGACUCAUUCAGUUGUGCACCCUUUGCCUCCACUCCCACAUCUUCCCCUCUGCCCGCCCCCCACCCCAACUGGUCUGCCUUCCCUCUCCCUGUCUCCAGCGUCCGUUAGGAGGUGAUCUAUGCAGGCUGUCAAAGGCAUGUAGUUUAUGUAGGCAUUG